AACCACGCAAACGCAACACGGAACCCGCAGCGAUGCUGCCGACGAACGGUACGAACAAGUUUCACUCGAACCGGCAAAGCGAACGCCUCGUGGUCGGACACGUUUCGGAGUCGUGCUCUUCGUGCAUACGCCAGUGCGUGGGUUUUUUACGUAGCUCUCCAUCGCGGUACCGUUGCGUUCGUUGUGCGUAUCAACCAGCCCGCGGGGUUUUUGUGUUGUUGUGGCCACGCACUAGAGCCAGGUGUAUUUCCGUCAUCCGUCAGUGUGUUUGAUAUGGAAAAGUGUACCGAAAGAUUGCGUUCAUUGGUGCCACUGUGUGGUAAUCUUUGCAUAGUGUAAUGUAACAAUUUGUACGCGUUUUGUUAGUGUUUAAAGAUAAAAAGAAAGAUCAAAUUGUUUGUCCGUGUGUACAAUAUGAACCGUUGAAGAAAUUGCGGAAGAUAGUUGUGCAACUUUAAUCAGGAAAAAAAAAUAAAAUAAAGUGUAACAUUAGAAUUAAUGGUGCGGGCAAGUGUGCUAUCCGUACAGACGCAGUGCAAUGUUGUGUGCGUGUGUUGAGUGACAGAUAAUAAGGAAAGUUUUCUUACUUUAAGUCGAUCUACUAUCACUAUCUCGUGAUCUCUCCGUGCUAAGUUCUUGCGGUGAUACGUUUAUAAUUGAGACGAUACAUCUUUCCUACACGGCUUGCUGGCAUGUUGGAAGAAGCCGAAUUGCGUACUGGCAAGAUGCUGUGCCGGACAAGCAGUCCACCACCGCCAAGCAGCAGUCCGGCCGGGUCAGAAAUUUCCGUCGGUUCCCCAAGCCCACCACCGAUCGGGAGCGAUUCGCAUCCGGCCCACCUGCCCCAUCCGCUGGCUGUGACACAUCUCGUCCACCAUCAUCCACUCGUACACCCGCACCAUCCACAUCAUCAUCCGGCGCUGCAUGCGCAUGCCGCCGUCAGUGCGCUGCAAGCCCGGGCCGAAGAUUACUUUACACCGCUGAAACGGUUACGCAUGGUGGAGGGUGGCAGUGGGGUGGAGCUGGGAAGUCCUCCCGGUGGCAGUCCGAAGGAAUCGACCAGCCGGGGUUCAAGCCCGACGACGCCCAUUAACAGUGCGAGCAGUACAAAUACCAUCGGCACACCGAAUAACAGUACCACCUCUACCACCACUACCACCAGCACAACCAAAUCGUCCUCCGGCCACUCGACCGCAGCCGAAGGAGUGAAAUCAUUUUCCAUCGCCGACAUCCUGGGACGCGAUGCGGAGGCUAACAGUCGGGAGGCACGGGAACCGAGCCCACCGCCGAUUAAUCCGGCCCUCCACCACUCUUCCCACCAUCACCUGCAUCUGUCGGCGCAUCAUCCCGGUGCUCAUCUGGCGGCCGCCCAUCAUCAUCACCAUCAUCAUCAUAGUAGCAGUACGUUGCAGCAGGCAGCUUCUAAAAUUGUACGUCCCUGGGAUCAUCUGCGAGGGCCCAUUCCGGUGAGGCCUUUUUUACCACCGGCACUGCUGCACUAUGAGCAUCGGUUAGCGCUCGACUACCAUCAGCAGUUGCAGGAACAUUUCCGUGCCCAGGCCCAGCUACUGCGUCACAUGAGCAUGGACAUUAUACCGUCGGAAAGUGGUUCGGAACGGUCGAGUUCGGCGGCGAGUGAUUGCUGUUCGCCCGAAAUUGGCCGUGGUUCGGACCACCAGAGCCACCAAUCGUCACAAUCGUCCUCGUCGGGUGUGGGCGGUGGUUCGGCUGGUGCCGGCGAUGGUAGUGGGCGAAGUGGUGCCAAUGGGGGUGCUGGCGGUGCUAACAAGUCUGGUGGCAAGACGGCACCGAAUGGGACGCCGCUUGAUGCACUGUUUCAAAUGACCAACAAGAACUUCGACGAAACCAAUGAAGAUAGUGAGCAAUCGCAUUUAAACCUGUUCGCCAACCGACCGCAGCCAAAGAAGAAAAGGAAAUCACGGACGGCGUUCACCAACCAUCAGAUCUUCGAGCUGGAGAAACGGUUCCUGUACCAGAAGUACCUGUCACCUUCGGAUCGGGACGAGAUAGCGGCCGCUCUUGGGCUUUCAAAUGCACAGGUCAUUACCUGGUUCCAGAAUCGGCGCGCCAAGCUGAAGCGUGAUAUGGAGGAGCUGAAGAAGGACGUCGAAACGGUGAAGGUCCUGUCCGCACACAAAACGUUCCUGGAGAAUGUGAACGAUAUGAACAUUCUCAAGAAAAAGAUCAUGCACGACGAUGGUGGCAGUCCACAGAAAGCAUCCUUCCCACAACCCUAUUAUCUGCAUAGAGUGGCAUAAAGUGGUGUAAACCGAUCGAACGAAAGCAGUCUGACUGACUGGGGGGCAAUAUUCGGUUUUAAGCUAUUGUUUUACAUAUUACGACACGUGGCUGUAUACAGCCGCAACCGAGCGAGUGAUGCCAAGGUUUUGGUUUCGUUGGUUUUUUGUUUCCUUCGUUGUGUUGUUGUUUCUGUGCGCCAAAUGUAGUGUGUCUGUCUGUUCCGCGAACGUGUACGGAAGUCGUCGAACAUGUCUGCCACCGAUAUGUGGUGGCCACCGCCGUCUGUGUUCACCUCAACAAAAACCCCGGGAGAAGUGUUUAGUGGAGCGUUUUGUUUCCUUGCCGCUCAUAUAGAUCGUUUCGUUUUGUACAUAUAGUGAAUAAAUAACAUGUGAUGUAACUAUUUUUUUGAGUUUGUUUGAGAAGCAAGAUGCAAGACUGCGCUAUCAGUUUAUAGAGAUGUAAAUGUGUAACACUUUACCGUAAUGAGUUAGCUAGAAUAACGAACAUAGAGCACCGAUUCAAAGAUGAUGAAAAGUAUUAUAAUUCUUCGUAAAAUCCGUACACCACACACACAGUGCGAAAUUGUUCGUUUUUUUUUUCAAACUGUCUUGACCCUUGAUAGUUAGGUUUGUUGUGUGAUAACUGCUCGAGAUCAGCAGAAGGCCAAUCCAAUAGUUGUACUUUAUGUGAAGGUUAGGAGCGAAAGAAUUCAUUUCGGGUUCGAAAUCCCUUUGCAUGAAGUUUGUGUACAUACAUUUCAUAUUGAAGCAGUAAAUUUAUGGCAAAUUAAAUCAUUCACUAAAGUAUAGGAACAACAGCUAAUGUGUGUGUGUGUUGUACAUUGUAAAGCCUGUUGUCUGGCAGAUAAACAUAUAAGGCACAGCUCAACUAAGCAGCAGCAAAAUAGGCUAAUCUAGGGUUACACAUCUUUUUGGGUAUAUUAAUUUAAAAGCACUAGCAAAAUAUCUAGCAUAAAAACACACACAAGCGCAAAUCUACUAACAGGAUAGCAAAACUACUCGCAUACGACCCAAGCUUCUCAAAGGCCCAGUGUAUUUCGUGAUUGUACAUUUCUAGACAUAUAGUAAGAAGAAAGCAGCGGAUCGAACGGAUCGUACUGCAGCUCAUAACGAUGCUCACAUGGUGUUAAAACUGUGACCAACUUUAUAGCUGCAUAAGCGGACCGUUGGAAGAACGAAAAUAUCAGAAAUACAUGAAAACUGAACGUACGAGCUGUUAUGGCUCUAAAAUUUAAACAA